CGCUGUGGGACCAUUUCGCACUCUUCCUAGCUGCGCUCGCUUUCCUUCACCUCAAUGGUCCGGAAGCGUCUCCAGGAGACGCCGGGUGGACCGCACUGCCUGUCUGAAAGGGGCGGCGGCAGGCUUCGGCGCCGUGGCAUCAUGGAGCACAUCCGUACCACGAAGGUUGAACAGGUGAAAUUGCUAGACAGAUUCAGCACAAGCAGCAAGUCACAAACCGGAACGCUUUACCUUACAGCCACUCAUCUCUUAUUUAUAGAUGCUAGCCAGAAAGAGACAUGGAUACUGCACCACCAUAUUGCUGCUGUAGAGAAACUUGCCUUGACAACAUCAGGUUGCCCUCUGGUGAUCCAGUGCAAAAACUUCAGGAUAGUUCAUUUCAUUGUUCCCAGGGAAAGGGAUUGCCAUGAUAUUUAUAAUUCUUUGCUUCAGCUCUCUAAACCAGCAAGAUACGAUGAACUUUAUGCCUUCUCAUACAAUCCAAAGCAAAGCGAGGUGGAACGAGUACAAGGCUGGCAUCUUAUUGACCUUGCAGAAGAGUACAAUCGGAUGGGUGUGCCUAACUCCAACUGGCAACUGUCAGAUGCAAAUCGUGAUUAUAAGAUCUGCGAAACAUAUCCCAGAGAACUUUAUGCUCCCAGGAGUGCGAGCAAGCCCAUAAUUGUUGGCAGUUCUAAGUUCCGAAGCAAAGGAAGGUUCCCUGUGCUGUCAUAUUAUCAUAAAGAUAAUGAGGCUGCCAUUUGCAGAUGUAGUCAGCCUCUCUCAGGGUUCAGUGCCAGGUGUUUGGAGGAUGAGCACAUGUUGCAGGCAAUCAGCAAAGCCAAUCCUACUAACCGUUAUAUGUAUGUUGUGGACACUAGGCCUAAGCUGAAUGCAAUGGCAAACAGAGCAGCAGGUAAAGGUUAUGAAAAUGAAGACAACUAUUCUAAUAUUAGAUUCCAGUUUGUUGGUAUUGAGAACAUCCAUGUUAUGAGAUCUAGCCUGCAGAAACUGUUGGAAGUCUGUGGUACGAGAGGGCUUUCGGUCAAUGACUUUCUGUCUGGUUUGGAGAGUUCUGGAUGGCUGCGACACAUCAAAGCUGUGCUGGAGGCUGCUAUCUUCUUAGCCAAAGCCAUAGCUUUUGAGGGUGCGAGUGUGCUUGUGCAUUGUUCUGAUGGCUGGGACCGGACAUCUCAGGUGUGUUCGCUGGGCUCUCUGUUGUUGGAUCCCUUUUAUAGAACAGUUAAAGGAUUCAUGGUUUUGAUAGAAAAAGAUUGGAUUGCUUUUGGACACAAGUUUUCAGACAGAUGUGGCCAACUAGAUGGAGACCCGAAGGAAAUCUCACCAGUGUUUGCUCAAUUUUUGGAAAGUGUCUGGCAUCUGACUGAGCAGUUUCCACAAGCUUUUGAGUUCAACGAGGCUUUUCUCCUCCAGAUCCAUGAACAUGUCCAUUCGUGCCAAUUCGGAAACUUCAUUGGAAACUGCCAAAAAGAGCGAGAAGAACUCAAACUGAAAGAGAAGACUUAUUCCUUGUGGCCUUUCCUCCUGGAUGAACAAAAGAAAUACCAAAAUCCCAUCUACAGUGAGCAUUUUUCUCAGUCGUUUGCAGUUCUGGAGCCUGACACAGUGUCCUUUAAUUUUAAGUUUUGGAGAAACAUGUAUCAUCAGUUUGAUCACACGAUGCAUCCCAGGCAGUCUGUACUCAACCAUGUCAUGAACAUGAGAGAACAAAAUAAGCUGCUAGAGAAAGACAUCAAGGAAUUGGAAGCAAAAUUGGGGCAUCAUGCAACCAAGGAGGAGACAGAUGCAGCCUUCACCAAGGAAUCUUUGCGGUCUGUUCAUCCCGUGUCCCCAGUCCAUAAAACACUCCAGUGCUUUAAGAAAGAGCAGCCUCUGCUGCGUGCAAAUGACUGCAUCCGAACGAUAGAGGGCGCCAAUGCAGCAGACAACCGGUACAGCGAGUAUAUGGAAGAGCUCUCCAAAACAGAGCCUGGCGUGGUUAGCCUGGAGUACGGAGUGGCGAGGAUGACUUGUUAGGCAUUGAAUGGAGGAUGUCGCUCUCUUCCUGUCAAAAAAGCCUCAUGGUCAAGACAACAGGCAUUCUGAUGAGAGUGACCUCUUGGUGCAUGACCAAAAACUGACUUGUGUAAUCGGAGAGAUGCGUCAGCAUAAACUUAGAGUAGCACAUUAGUUAUUAAAGAAAUGUUUGCUUUUUUUUUUUUUUUGCCUCGUGAGGAGUCAUUGAAUAUAGCAACCUUGAAAGAAAUUUGGAGAACUUAGUUAUCCUUUUGUGUGUAUGUGUGGCUUAAAGAACUGAGGAAUGAAAAGUGGGGUAUGUCUUUGCAGUAUAACAAACAUAGUUUGCACUAGGUAAUUCAGAAUGUUACUACUUAAUGUGUUAAUUGCCAAAUUAUUAAUGAUCUUUGUAAUUCUACUUCUAAGAAACAACAGACUACUAACUGGGACAGCUGAAAGUGUGUAUAUAAACUGUGUAAAGUGUGUAUGUGUAUAUGUAUACUUAAUCUGUUGCUUGUUAUUUUUUGAUAUCUCAGAUGCCAUGAAAAGUACUGUAUACCAAACUAGGAAGAACGGGCCUUAUGUUUCUCAGUUCAUUGCGCUGUUUUUGUUUGGUUUGUGUGUGUGUGUGCAGUGUGUGUGUCUGUUGAGGGCAUCAGAUACCACUGCUUGUUAUUCCUGUAUAUUGGCAUCAGGUUUUGGGAUCCUUGAGAGAGGCACUCAGCAGGUUACAUCUGUAGAGGUGUUUAUUGGCAGCAGUAGCUGUUAAAUUCCAAUGUCCUUUCUUUUACAAAAUCUGUACAAUUGGAUUACCAGGAUAUGGUUAAUGGUCUGAAAUUGUAUCCUUGAAGCUGUUAAUCUUCUGUACAGUUCCAGGCUGGCAACUUGGAAGAUAAUUUUAUGAUGAGACUUGUAAUGUGUGUGUCCAUGCGAGCUAUUAAAAUUUUUUGGAUUA